AUGGCUGAUAUUGAGAAGCCGUUCCCCGUUGAGACUGAAAAGGUCGACAACACGACCAUCGAAUACGAGCGAGCCCAGCUUUUGGCUCAUCUACCAGACCCUGAUGCCGGAAAGACGGUGGAAGAGCGUCAAGCUAUUGAAAAGAAGCUGAUGUGGAAGGUUGAUCUGGCCCUUAUCCCAUGGCUAUCCUUUCUAUAUCUCUUAUCCUUCCUCGACCGUACCAAUAUCGGAAACGCUCGCCUCGCUGGUCUCGAAGUUGAUCUUGGAAUGGUUAAAGGGGACUACAAUAAUGCAUUGACGAUCUUCUUCGUCUCGUAUGCUGUCGUCGAACCUGCAACAAAUGCCCUACUCAAGAAGAUCACGCCUCGAUUAUUCUUUACCCUUAUCAUUCUGACAUGGGGACUUAUAAUGACUCUUAUGGGGCUUGUUACCAACGUCAAGGGCCUGCUAGCAGCUCGCUUCUUCCUCGGUAUGGCCGAAGCCGGACUCUUCCCUGGAGUCAACUAUUAUCUCUCUUGUUGGUAUAAGAGCUCUGAAAUCGGCAUCCGGUCUUCUAUCUUUUUCUCAGCAGCUGCACUAGCGGGCUCCUUCGGCGGCUUGCUCGCAGCAGUCAUUGCAAAAAUGGAUGGAAUCGGCGGGAAACCUGGUUGGGCUUGGAUCUUCAUCUUGGAGGGCCUUGCAACUGUUGUAGCCGGACUGGCGUGCUGGUGGCUCGUCUUUGAUUGGCCAGCAACAGCAAGCUUCCUCAGCGCUGAUGACCAGAUCCGAGUACAACGUCGCUUAAUUAUGGACCGACAAGGCCGAACGGCAGAGGAUUUCGAUAAGAGACAUAUGUUUGCUGCACUCAAGGACUGGAAGACAUAUGGAUAUAUGCUUAUCUAUAUGGGCUGUCUUACUCCUCUAUAUGCCUUCUCCCUGUUUCUCCCGACUAUCAUUGCCGGCAUGGGGCAUGCAGGUACCAAGGCCCAGCUUCUCUCUGUGCCUCCUUAUGCAGUUGCAGCGGCUCUCACUAUCUGUGUGGGAUUUUACGGCGACAGGACCCGGCAGCGAGGUUACUGCAACAUAGCCAUUGUUUUGCUGGGCAUUGCUGGUUUUGCUAUGCUUAUAGCGACGUCUAACCCGACAGUGCAGUAUGUGGGUGUAUUCCUCGGGGCAGCAGGCAUUUACCCUACCGUCCCCAACACUCUCUCCUGGCUGAACAAUAAUACUGAGGGGUCACUAAAGCGUGCCUUUGUGCUGGGAGUAGUGGUAGGCUGGGGCAAUUUGAAUGGCGUGGUGUCAUCAAACAUCUACUUGCUUCGGGAAAAGCCCCGAUACUAUACGGGGCAUGGGGUUGUCUUUGGCUAUCUGGUGGUUUUCUUGCUCGGGGGAUCUAUCUUGAUGCAUCUUGGACUUCGCAAGAUGAACAGAGAUCGCAGCCUUGGCAAGAUGGAUGCCAAAUGGGACAGUUUGUCAGAUGAACAGAAGUGGGUUCAAGGUGACCUGCGACCUGACUUCAAAUACACACUAUAG